UCCUUCCUUAAGACCAGGACCAGAACACGAAUCACACACCCUCACCAACACUCAACACAGUCAUCACAAAAACCAAAAACAAAAACUCAUUUCUCUUCUCUCUCUCUCUCUCACUAUCCCCUGUUUUCCAUGAAUGUUCUGGCCCUAGGAGGUCGCGUCCUCACUUUCCCCUUAUAUAAGACAUACCCUCUCACUCCCUCCACGAUCCAAUUCACACCCAUUUUCCCCCACACCCAAAAGUUCCCAUCUUCGCAAGCGAUUCACCCUUUCUCCUUCUCCUCUCCCAUGGCCACCUGCGUCGAUUCUUCCCCCACCGCCGCCCCUCUUUCCCGCAAGCCAAACGCGCCCCAACCCGACGCCUACCUCAAAUUCUGCCGGCCCACCUUCUCCAUUUGCAACCCCUCCCUCGCACGUGCCGACGACCUCGACGCACGUGCCGACCACGACCUCUGGUGCAAGAUUCAGGACGAGGCCAAGCUGGACGUGGACCAAGAACCGAUCUUGUCGGGCUACUAUUUCAGCUCGAUCCUCUCUCACAAGUCGUUGGAGAGUGCCUUGGCCAACCACUUGUCCAUAAAUUUGAGCACUUUGAGCCUCCCGAGCACCACCCUUUACGAUCUUUUCAUGGGUGUGUUGAUCGACGAUGUUGGGGGGGACAUCAUGGGUGCUGUUAAGGAUGAUUUGGUGGCUGUCAAGGAGAGGGACCCUGCUUGCAUAAGCUAUGUCCACUGCUUGUUGAAUUUCAAGGGGUUUCUGGCUUGCCAGGCUCAUAGGGUUGCUCACAAGCUCUGGCUUCAGGGUAGGAAGGUUUUGGCGCUGUUGAUUCAGAAUAGGGUGUCUGAGGUUUUUGCUGUGGAUAUCCACCCUGGUGCAAAGAUUGGAAGAGGGAUUUUGUUGGAUCAUGCAACUGGGCUUGUGGUGGGGGAGACUGCAGUGAUUGGUAACAAUGUGUCAAUUUUGCAUAAUGUCACAUUGGGAGGGACUGGGAAGGCAUGUGGGGAUAGGCACCCCAAGAUUGGUGAUGGGGUGUUGAUUGGUGCAGGGACUUGUAUUUUGGGGAACAUUAAGAUUGGUGAUGGGGCUAAGAUUGGUGCUGGCUCUGUGGUGUUGAAGGAUGUGCCACCAAGGACUACUGCAGUUGGGAACCCUGCUAGGUUGGUUGGAGGGAAGGAAAACCCCAUUAGGUUGGACAAGAUGCCUAGUUUCACCAUGGACCAUACUUCACAUAUUUCUGAGUGGUCUGAUUAUGUAAUCUAGAGGCUAGAGGCUAAUUGUAAUUGUAAUUGUAACGGUUCUUCUUCUUAUCUGACUUGUGUUUUAGUUUGGGGUUAGGUUGAGGAGGAGGCUUGCUUGGUUGGUUGUUGUGCAAGAGAGAAUCUAAGUUCUCCUGCUGACAACAGGGGUGCCCCUUUGAAUCAUGGUGUUAGGUUUAAAGAAUAGGUACAUGUAGGGGUUUGUUGUAGUAAGAAGGUGCCGGGAUGAUGAUAACCCUUUGUGUAAACAUAUAUGAAUGUGGAUUUCUCUUGGUUUUGUUUCA